AGAAGUGUAACAAACCGCUUAAAAACACGGCAGUAUAAAUACCAUGUUAAAGGCAGACUAGAGCACAGUUCAAUCUGCUCCAUCAACCAGUGAACAAGACACCAAAACAUCUCAAAAUGGCAUUCAAGUUUGUGAUCUUCGCCGCCGUCGUCGCUGUUGCCCGCGCUGGCCUCAUUGCCUCGCCAGCAGUUUCCUACGCUGCUGCUCCGGCCCUUGUCGCUGCUCCGGUAGCCAAGGUCGCUACUUAUGCCGCCCCGAUCGCCAAGGUUGCGUACGCCGCCCAGCCGGAAGAGUACGACCCGAACCCUCAGUACUCGUUCUCGUACGGAAUCUCGGACUCCCUGACCGGAGACUCCAAGUCCCAGCAGGAAUCCCGCAGCGGAGAUGUUGUCCAGGGAUCGUACUCGGUCGUUGACGCCGAUGGUUACAAGCGUACCGUUGACUACACGGCUGACCCACACAACGGAUUUAACGCUCAGGUCCGUCGUGAGCCUCUGGGUGCUAAGGUCAUUGCUGCCCAGCCCGCUGUCGCCUAUGCUGCCCCUCUGGCCACCAAGACCAUCUCUUAUGCCGCUCCAGUAGCCAAGACCAUCUCGUACGCCGCUCCAGUGGCCACCAAGACCUACGUCUCGAGCCCAGCUGUGUCCUAUGCCGCUCCUCUGGCCACAAAGACCUAUGUCUCGAGCCCAGCUGUGUCCUAUGCCGCUCCUCUGGCCACCAAGACCUACGUCUCGAGCCCAGCUGUGUCCUACGCCGCUCCUCUGGCCACCAAGACUUACGUCUCGAGCCCAGCUCUCUCGUACGCCGCCCCGGCCUACGCUUCCUACCACUUUGUGAUCUUCGCCGCCGUCGUCGCUGUUGCCCGCGCUGGCCUCAUUGCCUCGCCAGCAGUUUCCUACGCUGCUGCUCCGGCCCUUGUCGCUGCUCCGGUAGCCAAGGUCGCUACUUAUGCCGCCCCGAUCGCCAAGGUUGCGUACGCCGCCCAGCCGGAAGAGUACGACCCGAACCCUCAGUACUCGUUCUCGUACGGAAUCUCGGACUCCCUGACCGGAGACUCCAAGUCCCAGCAGGAAUCCCGCAGCGGAGAUGUUGUCCAGGGAUCGUACUCGGUCGUUGACGCCGAUGGUUACAAGCGUACCGUUGACUACACGGCUGACCCACACAACGGAUUCAACGCUGAGGUCCGUCGUGAGCCUCUGGCCACCAAGGUCAUUGCUGCCCAGCCCGCUGUCGCCUACGCUGCUCCUCUGGCCACCAAGACCAUCUCUUACGCCGCUCCAGUAGCCAAGACCAUCUCGUACGCCGCUCCAGUGGCCACCAAGACCUACGUCUCGAGCCCAGCUGUGUCCUAUGCCGCUCCUCUGGCCACCAAGACCUACGUCUCGAGCCCAGCUGUGUCCUACGCCGCUCCUCUGGCCACCAAGACCUACGUCUCGAGCCCAGCUGUGUCCUACGCCGCUCCUCUGGCCACCAAGACCUACGUCUCGAGCCCAGCUGUGUCCUACGCCGCCCCUUUGGCUAAGACCUACGUCUCGAGCCCAGCUCUUUCGUACGCCGCUCCGGCCUACGCUUCCUACCACCUCCAGCCCACACUAGUCACAGUUCGAUUGAUCAUCCGGUGCUGUGAACAACAUCUUCUCCAACCCGAAGCAGACAUGGCAUUCAAGUUCGUGACCUUUGCUGCCCUGAUCGCGGUUGCCCGCGCUGGCCUCAUUGCUUCGCCCGCUGUCAGCUAUGCUGCUCCGGUCGCCAAGGUCGCUUAUGCUGCCGCACCGGCCCUUGUCGCUGCCCCCGUCGCUAAGGUUGCGUACGCCGCCCAGCCAGAAGAGUACGAUGCUAACCCGCACUACUCAUUCUCGUACGGAAUCUCCGAUGCCCUGACCGGUGACUCCAAGUCCCAGCAGGAAUCGCGCAGCGGAGAUGUUGUCCAGGGAUCGUACUCCGUCGUUGAUCCCGAUGGUACGAAGCGUACCGUUGACUACACGGCUGACCCACACAACGGAUUCAACGCUGUCGUCCACCGUGAGCCGCUGACCGCUACCAAGGUUGUUGCUGCCGCCCCGGUCGCCACCAAGGUUAUCGCUCAGCCGGCCGUCGCGUAUGCUGCACCUCUGGCCACCAAGACCGUGGUAGCUAGCCCGGCCAUCUCGUACGCCGCUCCGGUUGCUAAGCUGGCCGCACCGGUCGCUUACACCGCUGCGAUCCAUCACUAAGUGCGCAUCCCUCGACUGUCUCACCAACCGGCACCGUUUGUACAUAUCUUCAAAACCAACCCGUUACAAGACUCACGCAUGACUCGUUUAAUUUAUUAAACGUUUUGUUUUGAAUAUUAAUAACAAUCAAUUGAA